AUGGUAUCAUCAUCAGAACCUCUUCGCGUGGGCUACGUCCCUGAGCACUUCUCAACACCGCUUCACCUUGCACAAAUCCAUUCAUAUUAUCAAGAUCUCAAUGUGACUUUCCACCCGUUCCCAUCGGGGACCGGCCAUAUGAUCCAAUCCCUCAGAUCUCACGACAUCGACGUAGCGAUCGGUCUAACGGAAGGUUGGAUCGCAGGGAUUAAGGGAUCAAUGAAAGCAGAUUGGUACAAAGUUAUCGGACAAUAUGUCGAUUCACCACUCUGUUGGGCGAUAUCCGCCGGCGCAUCCCGGGAUACAACAGUAGAAGGUCUAAAGGACGGUGGAAAAGUCGGUGUCAGUCGAAUUGGCAGCGGGAGUUACAUAAUGAGCUUUGUUCUUGCUAGACAAAAAGGCUGGAUCCCGCCUACCGGACAAAAGGAACCGUUUGACUUUGUGGUUUUGGAUAAUUUUAAGAAUUUGAGGGAUGCGGUUAACGAUGGGACGGCUGAUGUCUUCAUGUGGGAACAUUUUACAUCAAAGAAGUUUUAUGAUUCUGAAGAGAUCAAGCGGAUUGGAGAGAUUUAUACACCUUGGCCGUCUUGGUUAAUUACCGCACACGACUCUCUGCUACAAGUCAACGAUGCUAGGUUAAGCGCGUUUUUGGAUGGAGUGAAUAGAGGGAUUGCGCAUUUCAGGGAGAAUGUGGAGGAAAGUACCAAGUGGAUUACAAGUAAUUUGGAGUACAGCGACGAAGAUGCGAGGGAGUGGAGGAAGGGUGUGAAGUUUGUAGACGAUGUGAGAAAGGUAGAUUUAGGAAUGGUGGAGAAUGUGAUUGAAAUACUAAAAGAGGCAGGGGUGGUGGAGAAAGGGGAGACUGCAGAUGGCGUGGUUGCGAAUAUCGAGUCUUGA